AUGUACAGACCCAGAACUCGUAGAGGAGAUGCUACCAAUGAUAACAAAAUCAAAGGACCCAAUUCUGCCUUGUCUGAAUUUUUAAGAGAACAAGGUAUAAAUGCCGAAAAUAUUCGUCAAAGGUGGCUAAAGAAGCAAAAGCAAGACGAGCUACUAGAAAAAGAAGGAAAUGAAAAUGAAAAUGAAGUAACUAAAAACGUUUAUGAGCAGAAACUGGCGCAAGAAGAUAAAGAAUUACGGGAAGUUAUAUCUAUUGCUGAUGAUUAUAGCGAAGAAGAAAACACAAACCUUCUUGACAAAAGUAAUAAAACGUCUAAGAGAAACAAUAUCACCACUAGUGCUAGAAGAUUAAGAUCAUUUAAACUUAAUGAAGACGAAAAUGAAUUACUAGAAAUAAAAGAACUAACUACAGAUAGCAAUAGACGUAGAACGUUAAGGUCAGUAGCAGAACAAGAUAGUGAUGAAGAAGAAUAUACCCCAUCUUCAAAGGAAGUUGUUCUAAUAGAUCAAUCCAAUAAGCCUUCAAAGGUUAAGAACCAAAAGAAAACCAUUCAAGAAAGAAGAAAAAGAAGGAAAAGGGCUGCAGAUUUAUUAAAUAGACGAGUUAAUAAAAUACCCAGCUUACAAGAGCUGGUAAUUAUGAAAAUUAGUGAGCAAAUCACAUCCAUUGAAUCAAAAAAGGAAACUGGUAUCGAUAAACCCAUUUUUUCGCAAUUGCGUGAUAUCCUAGGAGGCGUCUCUUUAGAAAACUUCAAUAAUCUAGCCAAAACUUUAUGUAAAAAUAGAUCGUUAAAUGAUGAUACUUUACAAUUGUUUUUACAAACAAAGUUGGAAACUUUGGAAUUUCAUGAUUGUUCCAAGAUUUCUUAUGAAGGCUAUAAAACGUUGGCUGUUUUCACACCACGUCUAAAAUAUUUAUCUCUACAAAUGUGUGGUCAACUAAAUAACGAAGCCUUGAUUUAUUUAGCCGAUAAAUUGCAAAAUUUGGAGUGUUUAUAUUUGGAUGGACCAUUUUUAAUUAACGAAGAGACAUGGGACAUUUUUUUUUCUAAAAUGAAAUCCAGAUUAAAACAUUUUAAAAUUUCCAACACUCACAGGUUUACAAACAAUUCUUUAAAAAGUUUAAUGUCAAAUUGUGGCAUAUUUUUAAAAACAUUGGGAUUGUCAAGGUUAGAUAGCAUCAACGAAUACAAUUUAAUUCCGUUGCAUAUAUCCGAGAACACUUUAGAACACCUAAUUUUAGAGUAUCCCUAUAAGGAAGAAGACCUAAAUGACCAAUGCUUGAUCGAUAUUUUAAAUAAAUCACCGCAUUUGGAAACCUUGAGACUAAACGGAUGUACUGGUUUAACCGAUUCCUUUAUAAUAAAUGGUAUUGGCGAGUCGCUAAAUGGGCAGAAUGGGAACAAUAAUUAUUUGAAGGUUAUAGAACUUGAAGAUUUAGAUCAGAUUUCGUCCGAUGGUAUAAUCUAUCUAUUUAGCCGUAUUCAAUUCACUACGUUGGAGAUUUGUAAUCUAAAAAAAUGUGUUGAUUUAGAUGAUUCAAGUAUUCAGGAACUAUUUUCAAAUAAAGCCACAGAAUCAUUAAAGUAUUUGAAUUUAAACUCAUUACAUAAAAUUACUCGGGGGGCAUUUGAAGGAAUGAAUUUCCCUGUAUUAGAAAGAUUUAAUUGUUCUUUUGUAAGAUCCGUCGAUGAUUCCAUUAUAAAGCUAAUCGAAACCAAUUGCCCUAAGCUAACCGUAUUAGAAGUUUUUGGCAACAAUAAAAUUAGUUCAAAGGCAAUGGUUCGUAAAGGACUUGCUUUGAUAGGGAGACAAUCAGAUAUUUUAUAA